UUCAGUUGUCAGUAAUAUUAUCUCUGAGUUUGUUUGUUUCUUUUUUUUCUUCUGGUGGAACGUCUAUGCUCUUCAUUGUAGUAUUUACUGUAUGUGUUGUCUAAGCGUCUGCUUCUGUCUGUUCAUAUUCUUAUCAGGCUGGAGAGAUGGAGAAAAAACUGCGAGUUAUCAUCAACGACCGGAUUGAGAAGUUGGUCCUUCCAUCAGGAAUCCCAUCGACUGUGGAGGAGCUGCAAACUAUUCUGAAAGAGAACUUUGGAAUUCUGGAGGAGUUCAGUCUUCAGUAUUUGGACUCAGAAUUUGAAGAUUACUUCACACUGCAUAAAACGGACCAAAUUAAACACAAAGACACUGUAAAGGUCGUCUAUGCUCUCAAGAUUCUUCUUAAUUUGCAGCAAGUUGAUGAAAGUGUGGACAUUUCUUUUGGUCAACAGUCAGAAUGUGACUCGGGAUCUUAUGCAGAGUCAUCUGCAUCAAAUGUAGAGUCCUCUGCUUCUUAUGCAGAGUCAUCUGCAUCAAAUGUAGAGUCCUCUGCUGGAACAUCAUCUUCAACGGACACUAUUAUCUUGCCUAGAUGGAGAAGCACCACUGAACGAUGUCAGCCAUGGCCAAAGCAGUUCCCCAUUCCACAGUUUUCAUAUGAGACUGAGAUGUACCUUGAAAGAGCCGAUGAAGACUACAGAAAGAAUGGAACACUUCUGACUGCCUCAAAGGUCAAGGCAGACAUAUUGGAGAAGCUGGCUGAAACUAUAUAUACAUAUACAGCUUAUCCAUCAAGUGCACAGAUAUGUGAUGUUGCUGAGGCACUUGUAAAGACAUAUCCUUGUCUGAAGGAACCUGGCUCCUUCUCAGGCUACUAUGGCUGGCAACAAAGCCUCAAAUACAAGAUGGCAAAUUAUCGCACCAAACUCAGAGGCUACGGUGUUCCUGAGGUGAUGUGCAAUGCCUUGAAGCGCAAGAGCCCUGGAGACCAGAAAUCUGCAAAGAACGUGAAAAAGCCUCGAAAGGCAGAAGUAAACUACCUCCCACCUUACCCAGCAGGAGAGGAUGAGGAAAGUCAAGAACAGGACAGGAUUCAAUUGCUAACUGAAGUAAGGAAAAGAGACAACAAAAAACUGAUCAAAGAAAAGAUGGCCCAAACUUUUGCACACCGAAGAAAUUAAAUCGUUAACCAAUCACCCGCCAUAGAGGACAUCAAAGCCAGGUGGCCAGCUCUAUUUGAGGCAUCUAAUAUCCAGGAUGAGUUUCUCAGAAUUACAACAGUGCACCUGGAAUCGAAGUUCAUGUCCAAGCUGGAUGAACACUCUCCCAGGCUUCUGAGCCUCUUCCACUCAAAGGGCGGGGCCAUGGGAUUGAGGUUGCAGACUAUCCUACUGAAGGCUCCUGGCAAUCCGAACAUCGACAUAACCAGAGAUGUUGUCAUCCGGUGUCUGAUGGUUUACCUUGGGGAAUCUGAUGAUCAGCUCUUUAAAGAGUAUGAUGAUGCAGAUCAAGACAGUGUGGCACAGGACCUUGCUGUACAAGGGAUGACAAUCUACAGCAUCCAGACGAAUCUGUCAGAGGGAAUAGAGGACAUCGGAAUUGUCAUAGAUGGAUCAAAGGUCUUGACCGCUCUGGGUAACUUCCCAAGGGCUUGUGCCAUGCUAAUUGGUUUGACGUAUGCAGUCAAUCUUGCCUAUCCCAAGAAGCUCAGGUACACCUUUGAAGCCUUUCAGAAACUCUUCCUCGAGCUGGACUGUUCAAAGCUUUCCCCGAAAGUGAACAGCCUCAAUAGCAAGCUACUGGCUUAAGAAAGGUCUGAGUGCUCAGUUAUAACUGUUGUUCAGAAAUAAUGUGUGAUGUUCUGCUUUAAAAAAAAGAAGAAGUAACAAGUUUAUUUUGAUGCUGCUGCAUUAUAACCGUUGUUGUUGAUGUUUCACAGAUUGUUAGUGUUUAUAGUCUCAUGUUUUAAAAUAUGUGUACAAGUUUCACAAAUAAAUGUUUAACUGCU